AUGACAGCGAGUAUUUGUUCUAAAGCCAAGUAUGAUUAUGGUGAAGUUGUAACUAAAUCGAUCUUAUUUUACGAUGCUCAACGAUCUGGUAAACUACCUGCUAAUAACCCCAUACCCUGGCGGGGGGAUUCAGCCAUCAACGAUCAGGGGGAUCAUGGAGAGGAUUUAUCUGGUGGAUGGUACGAUGCUGGGGAUCUGGUCAAGUUUAAUCUUCCUGGUUCAGCAACCGUACGUGUUUUAUUAAAUGGCAUAGUGAGGUGGUAUGAUACUUAUACAGCUCUAGGACAAAUCAACAUGGCCUUAGAUUCGGUUAAAUGGGAAUUAGAUUAUUUCCUUAAAUGUUGGAUUCCUUCAAAACAAAUUUACUAUUAUCAGGUUGGUGAUGGUGAUAUAGAUCAUAAAUUCUGGGGUAGACCUGAAGAUAUGACGAUGGCUCGACCAGCUUUCUCCGUUUCUCCAUCUAAACCAGGAAGUGACGUAGCUGGUCAAACGGUGGCAGCUUUUGCUGCAGGUUCCAUCGCCUUUAAGAAAACAGAUCCAACUUAUUCUGCACAACUUCUUGAAGCUGCCAAAUCACUGUACACAUUUGCGGUCACCUAUAAAGGAAUAACGCCUUCUUCUAAAUAUUAUGUUUCAAAAGGUUAUACUGAUGAACUAUGUUUAGCUGGUGCCUGGAUGUUCAAAGCUACUGGUAAUCAGACGUAUUUGAACGAUGCCAAAUUGUCUCAUAAAACUAAUGUUCCUCAACGUUUAGACUGGGAUAAUGGUCUUGCAGCAUGUCAGUUAAUGUUGUAUGACUUAACCCGUGACGAUAGUUAUAAAGUUGAAAUACAGAAUUUCCUAACGAAAUGGAAGCCUGGUAGUUCCACGCCGUACUCGCCAUGUGGUUUGGCAUAUUUUGAAAGAUGGGGAAGUUGUCGGCUUGCAGCGAAUGCAGCAUACGCUGCCAUAUGGGCAGCAGACCUGGGUAUUGAUGCUACAGAAAAUCGUCAAUGGGCUUUGAGUCAAAUAAACUAUAUCCUGGGAGAUAAUAAUUAUAAAAUGAGUUACGUCAUUGGUUUUGGUUCCAAAUACCCCGUUCACCCUCAUCACAGACCCAGUUCGUGUCCUGAUUUGAACAUCUUCUGUGGCUGGAACGCCUACAACAUCAGCACGGCUCCCAAUCCCCAUCUAUUAGUGGGAGGUUUGGUUGGUGGACCUAAUCCGAAGGAUGAGUGGGUUGAUGAUCGGAGCGAUUAUGUUAGAAAUGAAGUAGCCCUGGUCUACAAUAUGGGUCUACAAUCUGCUUGUGCAGGUUUGGCUCAUCUGUGUAUUACUGAUGAACUACCUCCUUCACCUACUCCUAAAUGUUAA